AUGACUACAAGUGGCCAAAGUGAGAGCAUCAAUGCAUUUUUUGAUGGAUAUGUCAACUCCAACACAAUGUUAAAUGACUUUGUUACCCAAUGUGAUAAAGCAAUCAAGUCUAGAAGAGAUGCAGAAGAACAUGAAGAUUUUAAAACUAGAAAUACGAAAGCAAAUUUGGAGAGUAAUCAUCCAAUUGAAGCAAUAGCUGGAGAGCGCUACACAAGAAAACUGUUUGAAAUUUUUAAAAAAGAGUGGAGGGCUACCACACAAGAUUAUUUUCAUGAAAAUAUGUCAACAGACAAGCAUAAUAUUAGGUACCGUGUGGGGUCUCCCAAAGUUAAUAAAGAGUUGUGGGCAAUUGUUGAUUACAAUUUGAUAGAAAGUUCCACUACUCAUUGUUUUUGUACAAAGUUUGAGACUAUGGGGAUUUUAUGCAAACAUAUUUUGACUAGAUGGACCAUGAAUGCAAGCUAUAAGGCUGAAAAUCUUUUGUAUGUUCAUUCUGAAACAACUACCCGUGAAGUAAGUGAGUUGCCUUUGUUGUCAACUCAGUCGAAGUGCAAUUUGGCUAUUUCUGAAGCAUAA